AAAAUGCAGCGGCAGUUGUUGUAGCCACGCAGGAGAGAGAGCGUGAGGAGCAGAGAAUCCGUGGACGAAAAAGCCCACUCGCAUUAGUGGGGCCGGCCGAGCUCUCCGCACUCGGAUUGUGGCGGCAAGAGACGUCUUUCCACGCGGGGUAUUUUUCGUGACGGGAGCUGUUAAGGUUCGAGGGGGGAAAAGGAAAACUGAAUGCAGCCUUUGUUGAGACACUACGUUUUUAAAACCAAAAUUCCCGCCACAGGAAGGAGGCCCAUCACCUGACAGAUAAGGCCAAGCCUUUGCUAGUGGUAUGGUUCCACUUUGUCCCUUGAGAACGAGGAAAUGCAGAGCUGAUCUUCAUUAGGGCAACAUUACAAAGGAGAUUCCAGCAGUGGGCGCUGUCUGCUUCACCAACCGGGUCUCAAUGGCUGCCACUUUUGCCUCUUGAUACACUGCAAUGUCUAAAUACCCCCAACAGGUUCAACUAUUGACCUACAGUUGAUUCCUGUAGUCAGCGUCUUAAUGGAGGGGUUCCCUGUCCAUUGACUAAAGGCAAACUGUUUGGAUCAGCAGACAUGUCUGCCUGCAGCACAUUCACUGAACAUGUGUGGAAACCAGGCGAGUGCAAGAACUGCUUUAAGCCAAAGAGUCUGCACUGCACUCAGAGUAGUGGAGAGAAGCCUCGACCUGAGCGCAGACUUCCAACAUCUCAACAACAAAAUCCCCCCCAUGCUGUGACCAGAACCAACUCGAACCUUGCCAACAACUCCCAUAGGCCUGGGAGUGCGACUGCCCGUUCAGGACACUUCCGUCCACCAGUGGCAAAAAAGCCAACCAUCGCUGUUAAACCCACUAUGAUGCUGCCAUGCUCUUCAAUAGGGUCGAGUUCAAAUGACAAUUUGCAAAGUCCACCAUCUGUUUUGGAGCCAGGCAAAACUUCAGCUUUUAUGGUCUGGAACCGCAAUGGGGUAAACUGUAGAAGGACCAGUGGUACAAGCAAUAACAAUGAAGGUGAGGAUGAAAUUGAGGGUUAUGAGCAACUUAGUCCAAGGACCCCGAGUGGAAAUAACAACAGUGGACUGACCGAUGUCUUAAAAGAGAUUGCUGGAUUAGGCCCUGGUCCUAGCCUAACGCCAGUCUCAAAAGACUUAUUUUGGGGACGAAUCAGUAGCUCAUACCAAAGGUCAUUAGAAAGAGGCCUUCCAGCUACAGGCUGUUUGGCUAUGGGAAGUUGCAUUAGUGGUGAUGGUAAUACUAGUCAAAAACGGGUAUCUCUGAGUGAUAGCACAGAGAUAAUCAGCACAGAGGGUGGUCGCUUUUGCUACCCCGAAUUUUCAAGUGAAGGGGAAGACGAUGAGGAAGAGGAGGAAGAUGAGGAUGAAGAGUCUGAGAGAGAUGAUGAGCGUGAAAGCUGGGAUGAAAGUGAUGAAGAGUUACUUGCUAUGGAGAUCCGUAUGAGAGGCCAGCCACGGUUUGCAAAUUUUCGUGCUGCCACCUUGUCCCCCGUGCCCUUUGCUGCAAGCAAAAAGUGGAAUACAGUUCCUCUCCGCAAUCGUUCUUUACAACGGAUUUGUGCAGUGGACUAUGAUGAUAGCUAUGAUGAAAUUUUGAAUGGGUACCCCUCCAUGAAUUCCACUGGAGUUAUUCCACAUUACGGGUCUAAUGACUGUCAAGGUAGUGGUUUCCUUACCAAUUCAGAGUCUACAAUUUCUCCAGGAUCAUCUUCGUCUCUACCAGAAGAUUCUCAGACUACAUCGAGCUCUGAGAGCAGUGUGUCGUGUGCUCAUCAAAACGGAUUGCAAUCCCCCGCAUGUGUCAAAUCCCCUAUUCCCUGGACUUCUCCUGUGAAAAAAGAGCCUGUUCACAGAGCGCUGAGUCCAAUCAAAGUUACAGAAACGCACAAGGCCGUUCUGGCUAUCCGACUGGAUGAUCAGGAUCAAUCAGCGUCCAUGCCCCAGGCCCUUCCUGGCCAACCAGUUACUAUCAGUUUCAGUCCCACAGAGGAGCAAGCAAAGCCUUACCGUGUUGUAAAUUUGGAAAAAUCACUUAUUUGUAAACCUUAUACUGUUGUCGAUGUAUCAGCUUCCAUGACCAAACAAGAUGAACAUUUAGCAGGUUCUACCCAGAAGCACAAAAAACAGCCGAUGCCCUCGAGUCCAAAAUCAUUUUGUAGCACCUCUGUGAGUCAGCCACUGUCUCCGGCAUCUGUUCUACCAACAUCACCCACAUCUGUGGUCCAUUCAAAUGCAUCGAGAAAAAAAUUAGGAAGUAUGCGUUACCAAGAAGUUUGGACAUCGAGCACAAGUCCUCGUCAAAAGAUCUCCAAAGUGGAUUUGGGGAAUGGUAACACAGCAGGCCAGUCUAUACCUUCUCAACAUUUCAGUCACAAGUCAGCUCCUACAUCACCGGUUGCUGGGCUGUCUUCUUCCCGAACUGUACCGGUGAAAUCCCCCAAUUUAUCAGAGAUUAAAUUCAACAGUUUCAAUAAUGCAGGCAUGCCGCCAUUUCCUAUUAUUAUACGAGAUGAGCCAGCAUAUGCCCGCAGCUCCAAGAAUGCUGUCAAGGUACCAAUAGUUAUCAAUCCCAGUGCUUACGACAAUUUAGCUGUGUAUAAGAGCUUCUUGGGACUUCAUGGGGAGUUGACACAGGCGAAAGCGGUCGGUAGUAGAGUGGCCAGCCAUACUUACGAAGAGAUUGGGUCCUCCGAGAGUGUCCAGUCAACCUCGACAGAUAAAACCCUCUCUGGCAGAGGCACAUCUGAGAGAGCAUCUUUGGAUGAAACGAAAGCUUCGUGUGAAGGAGCAGUUAAAGCGCCCAUUUUGCAACCUAGAACCACUACAGACCCGAGCACUGUGACUAGCACUGUGUUGAGCUCUCCAGCUGUGGCUCUUUCUCCCACUACAUCACUAAAUUCACACCCCUUUCUUGCUGAAAAAAGUAGUCCCACUGUCAUUACAGUAACGGCCAAUUUCAGUAAGGAUAAUCAUACAGAACAGUCUUCCUCUUCAUUGUCUGGAUUGAACCAUCAAGUGGAUGCCAGUGCUGUUCUCUCACAAAUUGUAGCUUCAAUCCAGCCACCCCAGUCUCCUCCAGAGUCACCGUCUGCCAAUGACAAAACCUUCAGUUCUGAGGAACUUUACGCCCUUCCACCCGAUGCCAUAAAGGAGACCCUUACACGGCCAAAGUCGCUGUUUUCUACAAAUGAUGCAAUAGUUUCCAAGCCUAUAAAAGAUACCCUCUCAAAAGUUCUGUCAAAAUCUCAGAGUGCCUCUGCUGCCGUACCUCUUUCCACAAGCCGGUCAGAGCCUAAUGCCCCUUUCCCUCCUCCCAGGUCUACAUCUUCCCCUUAUCAUGCAUCAAACAUCCUCCAGAGACAUUUCAACAACUGGACAAAGAGCUCUGCUUCCAGUUCUCCUGUGCGCUCAAGCGAAGGUGAAGCCCGUCUGAAUGGUGAAGGGAAGCGUAAUCAAUCAGAGAGUGCAAAACCCAAACGAUGGAUCUCAUUUAAGAGUUUUUUUCGUCGGCGGAAAGAUGAGGAUGAGCAGAAAGAGAAGGUGGAGAGAGAGAAGGAAAAGGGCAAGCUGGUCGGGCUGGAUGGAACUGUCAUUCACAUGCUUCCACCCCCACCAGUACAGCAGCGACACUGGUUCUCGGAAGCAAAACCUGAGGAUCCCUCACAGAAACCAACCAUUGUGUUUACCUAUAAAAUGGAAAGUGGAUGCACCGCAAGUGGGGGAGCAGAGCUACAAGUAGAAGAAUGUAAAGAGACUGCAAUAUUAACAGCAAGUGAUGGUGAGAAGUCCAGACCUUUGAGCCCUGAGCAUCAACCAUCAGUACCAGAGGUCACUGACGUUCCUGUCAACGACGUUAGCCAGGUACCAGUAAGUGCCAACAAUUUGGUGCCCAGCGUCACCCCUCUCCCUGCCAGUGUGAAUCUGGGCCUGGUGUUUGGGGACAACGUAGAGGCUCGCGCCAACCAGGUUACCUCGGCCAGCGAACGUAGCGCUAGCCUCGGAGAGCCAGAGGAUGACGGGAAUCAGUCUCAUCACUCACACUCGCCUGCUUCCAGCCAGUGCAGUGCCACCUACAGUAACCUUGGUCAAUCUCGAGCCAACAUGAUCCCGCUGAAACAGCCUCGCAACAUGAAGGCGUCCAAUGAUACUUUGGCAUCCAUCGACCUUGAGGGCCUUGCCGAGCAACCAGAGCCUAAGUCAACUCCGCCACCCUUACCGAAAAAGGCAGUUCCUCGCUCCAUCACAGACCCCAGCCUGGCUACCAAGGAGCCACUCCAAGGAGCCUUCCGACCGAGGGCGGAAGCCAAACCUGGUGGGACCAACCUAAGUGUUGCCAACCCGCUAUAUGACCUGGACACCACCUGGGAGACAGCGAGUCAGAGCUCCUCGGUCAGCAUCCACGAUCAGGAGAGCGGUGACUCCCUGGAACGGCCGUCAGUCGCCAUUAGCAAAGCAUGCCCGUCCAACAGCAUGUCUUCGUUGCUGUCUCAGCCCAGUAGUACAGUUGGCGCCUCCAGAGACAGGAAAGUCUACCCGAGCACUGAAUCUCUCAGCGGGAGGAAUCGCAAAACGGGACAAAGUGCUGCCCCUGCCAAACAUCCAAGGCCCGCACUUUACCGGGGUCUGGACAGCUGGGAUGAGGUGGUAGGCAGGAUCAGGGGCCUCCACACAGACACUCUACGGAAGCUGACGUCCAAGUGUGAAGAUCGUUUCAUGGCUGGCCAAAAGGAUCACUUGAGAUUUGAAACUGACAGCUGGUCCGACUUCAGGUUGACCACUGGGAAACCUUGCUGCGAGGCCGGAGACGCUGUCUACUACACCGCUUCGUACGCCAAGGAUCCGCUGGUCAACUACGCCAUUAAGAUUUGCCGAAGCAAAGUAAAGGACACACAGCAGCAGUUCUUCCACAGUCUGGCCGUGAGGCAGAGCUUAGCCUUGCACUUCAACAUCCAGCAAGACUGUGGACACUUCCUGGCUGACGUCCCCAGCAGCAUGCUCCCUUGGGAAGAGGAGGCAGAAGAAGAGCAGGAAGCAGGGGAUGAGAAGGAGGAUGGAGAUGUCUUGAAAGAAAGAGAAGUUAAAUCAGAAACAAAGCUGACCGAAUCCAAACAUCCAAAUGGCGAGUUAGAUGAGACGUCAGCGGGUGCCCACGUCAGUGCCGGCGGUCGCUUGAGGAGCCAUGUGGUGGUCAUCACACGGGAGGUUCCUUUCCAGACGGUGGCUGACUUUGUCCACCAAGGCAUGUCCCGGCACGUCCAAAACCCGGAGCUGUAUGAGCGUCAGGUGUGCCUCCUGCUUCUCCAGCUCUGUUCGGGCCUGGAGCACAUGAAGCCUUACCAUGUAACGCACUGUGACCUUCGUCUGGAAAACCUGCUUCUGGUUCACUGCCAACCCAGCAACGCCGGAACUGCUGACCCUGUCGAGCCCAACAACAACAGCGGGUGGAAAUCCGCCUGCACCAACGCCGCCAACUCCACCUGCCCUGCCCGCCUUAUCAUUAGCAACUUCUCCCAAGCCAAACAAAAGAGCCCUCUCAUGACCACCGACCCCGGAGCUCCUCGCGAUCGCUCUCGACUGGCGCCAGAAAUUAUCACAGCCACUCAAUUCCGCAAGUGCGACGAGUUCCAGACUGGGAUUCUCAUCUACGAGAUGCUGCACCGGCUGAACCCGUUCGAGGAGACGCCGGAUCUCAAGGAGCGAGAGUACACCUGGGCUGACCUACCACCCUUGCCGGUCCGAUCGCUGUACUCGCAGGGCCUGCGGCAAUUGGCCCGGUUACUGCUUACAGUCAACCCCUCGGAAAGGAUCCGAAUGUCGGAGGCUCGGGGAUGCCUGCAAUGCCUGCUCUGGGGACCCCGUGAGGACUUGUUCCAGGCUCUGGGCUGCAGCAGCACCUCGGGGUCAUCGUCGUCGGCCGCCUCUGGCCAGCGCCAGGCGACUCUCCAGAACUGGCUGGACCUGAAGCGUACACUGAUGAUGAUCAAGUUCGCAGAGCGCUCCAUGGACUCUGCUUGCGGCGUAAGCUUGGAGGACUGGCUCUGCUGCCAAUAUUUGGCCUUUGCUACCACAGAGAGCCUGAGCCGGGUAGUGCACAUCCUGCAGCAGCCGCAACCCCCAACCCAGAACCCAAACCAGUCUGACACCACCAGGCAGAACCAUAUCCAUUCAGCACACACUUUCCACCGAACUCAGUCUCAGCCGCUCUGAGCUCCGCUACUGAGCGGUUGCCCAGGCAACAACUUGCCCCCUAGUGUGGCCCACUCGCUGAUGCUAAUGUCUGGUGUGAGCCUAUUUAGCAACAUUAGCGCUUAACAUGUGUUAAAGGGUAAAAUUGUGCAGAUUCAACAUCAACAGCAGUUUGGAUUUAUAUCAAAUAAACAGUUGCUUCCCAAGAUUGUCAAAAAGCUAUCAAAACUAAUACAAGAUAAGUUCACUAAGGCUAGGUUCAUACCUACUUAAUGCACAAAUCAGAUUUUUUUCAUGUUUUUCCGACUCGAGUGAGGCAUUAACUUGACAAUUUGACCAUUUCAAAUCCGAUCUAGGUCACUCUCGUAGGUGAUUAAAAUCCGAUCGGGGCCACAUUUUUCCAAAAUGUAGCUGCAGUCGUAACUGUCAAGUCUCCCAAAUUGGAAUUCAUGCAGCGAUUACGUCAGCAAAGAACGAGAUGCACAGAGGAAGGCAGCGAUGGAGCUGUACAUUAGCGUAAGCGCCUAGCUUGAACUCGGCUUUUAGGGAAGAGGCAUGCUUGACAACAGUCAUUAAAAAACUACAUUUGGGUGAUAAGUCUGAGAAUGCUCGGUUUCCUUUUGUGCGCCAAAUGAGCAGUACUGUAUUCAGUAUGGCUUAUAUGGUCGAGGGUCGGGAAAAAUUACAGUAUGUGUGUGUGUGCGUGUCAUGCACGCGCAGUGCGUGCAUGCGUUCUAUCAAUCAAAAUAUAAUCCCCCUAGAACAGGGGUUGGCAACCUUGAACACUCAAAGAGACAUUUCGACCAUGUUUCCAAAGAAACAACACUGGGAACCGCACAAACAUAAUGACACUUGAAAUGAUCGCGUCAGCUUGACUAUAUAUACAGUAUAUGUGUAUAUAGUAUAUAUACACAUUUUUACAUAUAUAUAUUCUGUGGUCCAUAUUUCACUUAAAAGAGUUUUGCCUCCUAGUAAGCAGAAUAAGUGCUCACUUUUUGCACAUUUUUUGCAGAACCCUCUCGCAGGUUAUAAAUUUACCAACUAUAUAAAGUCAAGUUUGACAGUCAGAAGGCAUACCUACAAGUCUUUUUGCCUGUAAAUUGCAUGACCUUUGUAAGUGAUCUGUUAACAAACACAGAAAACAGUGAGCCUGACCUGAUCUACCUACUAAAGGGAAGAUAAUAAUAUCAAAUAUUCAUUUAUUUAAUAUAGAACUGAGCCGAUUCAUUGGGUUCAAGAGCCGCAUGUGGCUCUGGCGCCGCAGGUUGCUGACCCCUGCCCUAGAAUGACAUGGGGCCAGCAUGUGUAGUCAUUUGUUUUGAUGCUUCUGCGCAUGCUGGCCAGUUUUCUCAGCGGAUGUUGGACUGCAAGUUAGUGCGCAUGUGUACAACAUUUACGGGCACAAUGUAAAAAAGCAGUCUUAACGGGCACGCCAAAAAAACUGAUAUGAAGAAAAAUCGGAUUUGUGCGUUAAGACUUGAGGUAUGAACCUAGCCGAAGGUGAAGUCUAAAACUAUUUGGAUAGUGACAGUAAGUAUUUAUAUGCCACCAGUAAUGGAUUAGCUCAAUUUUGACAAAGUUCAAUUUCAAUUGGAUUAAAUCAUUGAGUUGGUGAAGCUUGUGUGGCAGAUUUCUCGACUGAAUAUAAGAAAUUUAUUCAAUGUUAAUCUCGACACAGAACUUUUUUAGUAGUUAAUUUAAAAAAAAAAAACUUUUUUUCAACAUAGCAGGAUCAGUGGUGAACUAAAUAUUGUUGCAAGGAAGUUGAAUAAAAAGAGACCAUUUAAAUAAGCAUAGUUUAAAUGUAUACCGUAAUUUUCUGGCUAUAAGGCGCACCUGACUAUGAGCCGUCACCCACCAAAUUUGACACGAAAACGGCAUUUGUCAUAGAUAAGCUGCACUGGACUAUAAACCGCAGCAGUCCUCACUUUAUUAUGGGAUAGUUACAACAAAAGAUAUCAACCAGUAACACUUUAUUUGACAGCAGCAUCAUAAGAACGAGUGAACCACCUUGCUGCAAAAAAGCUCCAUUUGGCUUCACUCUUUCUUUGGGGGAGACAGUCAACCUCUGCUGUCAACACUGUUGUCUUUCAGCAUGCCUCCUAGCAUGCAUUGCAGCAUUACAGAUGUAAAUAACUUAGAAUUCAUGUUCUGUGCUAAUUAUUUCUUCAGUUAGUGUAAUAGUUGUUUAAUUACUUGCUAGUUAUGGUAUUUAGUAACACUUUAUUUGACCGUGGUGCCAUAAGACUGUCAUAAGUCCAUCAUAAUUAUGACAUGGCACUGCCAUGAACAAUAAUGAAUGCUUAUGACAGAUGUCAUUUUGUGUCAUCCGACAGAUUAUCUCACUUUUUAAUGGAUGUAAAAGAUCCGAGCUGGACAAAAAUUGAGUUAGUGACAUAAUUUGCCGGAUGACACUUAAUGACAUCUGUCAUAAGCAUUCAUCCAUGCCCAUGAUAGUGUCAUUUGAUAAUUAUGACAGUCUUAUGACAGUGUUCCGGUGCCGCUGUCAAAAAAAACUGUUGCCUAUUAGCCCAAAUAAAUCAACAAAUAACCCGCACUGGACUGUAAACCGCAGGAUUCAAAAUGAGGGGGGAAAAGUAGCGUCUUAUAGUCCGAAAAUUACGGUAAAUGACAAAUAAUUGAAUCCAUCUUUUGUCGGUGUUGUUGAAGCCAAAGACCUGCCACUAAUUGGCCAUUCAAACGUAAUGACAGAAGGCAUUACCAGAUUUAAAUUUACAGUCUUGUCUGAGACGAGCCAGUAAUUUAUGAGCGACUUGUGAAGCUUUUGUUUUAGUGUUUUUGUUGUGAGUGAAUGCCAGUAAAUCCUCACAGUUGUCGGAAUAUAUUUUUGACAUAUUUGUGCAGGUGAUUUACUAUCUACAAAGCUUGUAUACAUACUUGCUAAGGUUAAAACAAAAAGGGAGAUAACUGCCUUAGCUGUUUUUUUUUUUUAAUUGUGCAAUUUGUUUUUCUGACUUUAAACUCCAGUAUGCUGUCAGAUUCUCACCAUAGUUUUGUGGCACAUAAUCCGAGAACUCUCACUGUGGACAAACAAAAGGGAUUUUUCUUGGAAUGGACUGCAAACAUUUUUUUCAUCAGGUUGUUUUGGGGAAGUUUUGGCAGUGAUGGCGCUGAUCCGUUGGUGCUUGGAGGUUAUAGAGAAUUAAACUCCAUGAUUUUGGAAUUGAAUUGACACAGAAUGUAAAACUUUUCAGACUGAUGUUUGGACGUGUCAACCGAUGAACCACUUUGUCUCGACUGCGGGGAGUUGCUUCCAUUCCACAAUUCCUCUUAUGCCAUCUUCAGGCAACACGGACUGAUACCGCAUUGACGCUUGGCGCUGAUGCUCGCCCAAUUUAGUGGAAGCUUGACCAUGAAUGUGCACAGAUUCAUUUGUGGUCAGCAUGCCUUUAAUUCAACUCGACUCAUUGUAUUUUUUGCACAUGAAAAAGGUCACGUGACAUCCAAACUGACAUUCACAAUUCACUUUGCAUUGUCUUUUAUCUCAUAUUGCUUGGCUUUCUUUUGGGGAAAUCAAUUUCCGCAAGGGAAAAUGUUACUUUUAUUGAACGGAUGGUAAGAACAACGAGACAAGGCAAGUGUGUAAAGGAUUUGUUUACUAAAGAAUGUCUGGAGAGCACUGGUGGCUGUCCAUGUAUGUAUAGAUUUCAGCGUAAAUAUAUAUAUAUAAUCUAUUUUAAUCCACAAACUGCUAUUUUGUCGAGCACCUACAUAACAUUUUAACCUUACGUGAAACUUGACUUUCUUCAGCUUUGACUGGGGAAGGACGAGCUGAGUUGAUCACUGUUGGAAGAAAUAAAGCACAUUUAAAUGCAGUAUACAAAGUGAACACACCUCUGUUAAAACAUUAGCUUUUCUGUCGCAAAAAAUAAAAAUAAUAAUUAAAGAUGUGAUCGGGUCCGAUCACGUCAUUUUCAAAGUAUCUGAAUCGGCAAAAAAAAUAUCGGACAUGCCUUUUUUUAAUACAUAUAUAUUUUUUAAUAAAAUCGUUUUCUAAUUGUAUUUGUUACAGACAAAAUGUCUUACACUCAUCCAGAGUCUUUAGUUACUAUCUAGUUUAUCGCGUUAAUGUGUUUUUUUUUUAUUAAUCACGAUAAAAUAUUUAACGCAAUUAACGCAUGAGCUGCACGACCCACUCGCGCAAUGUCACUUUUAAUCUACAAUGGCGCCGUUUUACCUAUAUAUAGAGAUAAAUGGCAGCGUAAAAUGAGUAGAGUGAAUUUUGGCAGUCUUUGGAGCCUUUCUUUAGUUGGCUAAAGCCUUAAAAUCCCUCUCUCAACUAUUAGAAAUAUCAAGGGAAGCUAUGUGGGGAACAAAGGUAGUAGUAGAUCUUUUUCUUGACACCCUAUGUUAUUACCCAACGCAGAGAAGAUAUAUCAAUUGGUGCCACUACGCACAUUAAUGGUCGCACUUCCCAUCAUGCAUUUGGGCAGAACAGUUAAAUGGCUACAGUAUCAUUUACUGAAAGCUCAACAAAUACACUAGAUGGCAAUAUUUAGUCACAAUAUACAAAGUCACAUUUAUCCUUUAAACAUUACAAGUCUUUCUAUCCGUGGAUCCCUCUCACAGAAAGAAUGUUAAUAAUGUAAAUGCCAUUUUGAGGAUAUAUUGUCACGAUAAAGAAAUACAGUACUUAUGUACUGUAUGUUGAAUAUAUAUAUUUGUCCGAGUUUUAUUCAUUUUUUUCUUAAUGCAUUGCCAAAAUGUAUAUGAUCGGGAAAAAUUAUCGGGAAUGAUUGGAAUUGAAUCAGGAGCAAAAAAAAAACAAAAAAAAAGCAAUCGGAUCGGGAAAUAUCGGGAUCGGCAGAUACUCAAACUAAAAUGAUCGGGAUCGGAUCGGGAGCAAAAAAACAUGAUCGGAACAACCCUAAUAAUAAUAAUAAUAAUUUCUUGAGUAGUGUGGUAAUGUAUUUGCUGCCAUUGAAGGCAAUUGACGACCAGUCCCCUCUCAGUCAAAAUGGAUUGGACACCUAUCACUGUGAAAGGCGGGGAAUUAGUUAAUGCAUAUGACUUAUAAUACAUGUAUUCAGAAGUGGGUAGAAUAGCCAAAAAUGUUACUCAAGUAAGAGUAGCGUUAGCGUUUCAAAAUAAUACUCAAGUAAAAGUAAAAUGAGUCAUCCAAAAAAUUAACUCAAGUACAAGUAAAAACGUAUUUCGUGAAAAUUAUAUAGUAAUGAGUAACAUUGUGAGUAACUAAAGAUGUUUGAUUUUUUUUUUUUUUUUUUUUUAUGCAGUUUUUUUUCUCAGCACCAAGUUAUCUCUAUGAACUAGGGCUGUCAAACGCUUAAAAUUUUUAAUUCAGUUAAUCACAGCUUAAAAAUUAAUUAAUCGUAAUUAAUCGCAAUUAAAACCAUCUCUAAAAUAUGCCAUAUUUUUCUGUAAAUUAUUGUUGGAAUGGAAAGAUAAGACAUAAGACGGAUAUAUACAUUCAACAUACUGUACAUAAGUACUGUAUUUGUUUAUUAUAACAAUAAAUCCACAAGAUGGCAUUAACAUUAAUAACAUUCUUUCUGUUAAAGGGAUCCACAGAUAGAAAGACAUAUAGUUCUUAAAAGAUAAACAUGGGUGUCCAAACCUGUCCUCAAGGGCCGCUGUGGGUCCCGUUUUUUGUUCCUACCAAUCGAGCACAGACAGUUUAACCAAUGAAGUUUGUGCUAAAACAAGCAGCACCUGACUGCAAUCAACUAAUUACACUUUUGAGACACUAGAUUGGGGAAAGGUUGCCCUCAUGAUGGGUUUGAACAAAAACCCGCACCCACUGCAGCCCUAUGUGGAAUAGUUUGGACACCACUGGUAUAAGAUAAAUGUUAGUACAAGUUAUAGUAAUUUUAUAUUAAAACCCCUCUUUAUGUUUUCGUUUUAAUCAAAUUUGUAAAAUUUUCAAUCAAACGUAGAGUUAAUAUAAUAAUAAGAAUAAGAAUAAAAAUAACAAUAGUAAGAAUAGAGUUUGACCAAAGUCUGAGUAAGUUUUAUGUGUGUUUUGCAUAGCUAUUUUGAUUGGGAAUGCCAGUUCUCUUUGCAUAGUUGUUUAACUGUGUGAGAAUAGGGCCUCAUUAAUACAGAUUGAAGUGCUUUUCUUUUUGUGGCGGCGUGGUCCAAUGAACGCCUGUGUCCACUCGCCUUUAUAACUUAUAUAUCUCUGUACAUAUCUUACCCAAAAUUCUACAAGAGACAUAUAAUUGCCACUAAAAGAAAGUAAACUUACAGAAAUAUGUGUGGAGCACAAAUAGCACAAUGCAAAAGCAUAAACGUCUCACAACUACUAAUUCUCCCACUAUUAGGAGGAAUAACCUUAGUAUGGAACGGCACUGCCCCCAAGCGGCCGGUGGCAUUCUUUUCACUCUCAAUGUGCAUAAACGGCGUCAUUGUAAUCUGUUUGAGGCACUGCUUGAGCGGGUCAUCCUGUGCAUGCGUUAAUUGCGUCAAAUAUUUUAACAUGAUUAAUUUUAAAAAAUUAAUUACCACCCGUUAACACGAUAAAUUUGACAGCUCUAAUAUGAACUGAUAUUAUUAAUUUAUUAUACUUUACAUAACCACAUUAAGUCAAACAAAUACAACAACAACAAAAAAACAUUGAAUUCUAGCGAGAGAGAAAAAUUACAGAAAUUAAGCAUUAUUUGUCCAAAGAGCAUGAGUGCCCUCUUGUGGAGAAAACAUGUUCUAUUAUGAAACUAAAAGCAUCACAUCUCCGGUUUUCCGAGGCCAAUUGGUGCCAAAUAAAAACUGGGAGAGAGAUUAAAAUCUGCGCUUUCGAGUCAUGUUGAUGUCAAAUACUUAAUUUUUUACGGUGCUGUAAGGACACCACGUGAGGGAACAGUCCGGAGUGAUCAUAGAACGGCAAGCUUGAGUCGAACUGGUAUAACUGACUCAUGUGAUUAUCAUUGCGACGUUUGAUUGGUGAAACUGGUUGAGCCACUGUUGGCGUUUCUGGCAAAAAUGCAAUGUGUAGAAUAAUGAGGGAAAAUGUAGCAACUAUUGCAGCCCAAAAUAGGCGAGUAAGAAGAGCGUUUCUUCUUCACAAACGAAAAAAGUAUGGCUUAGUAAAACUAAUCUUAGAAGUACAUUUUCCCCAAAAAAUUACUCAAGUAAAUAUAACGGAGUAAAUGUCACGCGUUACUACCCACCUCUGCAUAUAUUUAAUAGUCAACUUCAUACUAAACUUAUAGUAAACUUCAUUGGUGAUAUGUCACUUUCAAUUCUGGCCAAAAGGAUUAUGGGUAACAAACUAUGUAUAGCACAACCACUAUGAUCCAGUAGAUUUUAUUUUGGAAAAUAAUUAUCAUUUCAUUCAUAAUUUGCAUGUUUAAUUUGGUAUUUUUCGUAUUGGUACAUUUAUUUUAUUUAUUUAUUUUUUUAGCAGAGGUGUGUUCAUUUCUGUUUACUCUCAUUUACCGCUGGUACUGAAGGUGCUGAACCACUUUGACACAAAGUGGGCAAACCUGAAACUCAUGAGUUAAAUCAGGGGUGGGGAUUUGACAUUUAUGCCCUCACGAGAUCAUUUGAUUUUUUUUUUUUUUUUUUAACAAAACUCCAAAUCCUUUCAUCUACCUAUACUGAUGAAUAUUCAACAUUAAGGCAAUCAGUGCGUUCUCCAGUUGGGAAGGAGGUUCCCCAUCCCUGAUUUAAAACUAGCAACCAACAUAUGUAAUGUUUUGUUAUAUACAGUAUACUGGACUAUAUAUAGGCUACAAUACAGUGACAUGACUAUGAACACCACUGAAUAGCAAAACAUCUGUUGUGCUUUAUUUAACAACACAUGUACAGAAUGCCUCUUGGCCAUUUAUUGUUAACCAGCAGUGAUCGGAAAAGUAAUAAAAAUAUGUUUUUUAUAUGUA